AUGGAAAAUUCGUCCGAGACGAGGGAGAAGCAGUCGCAGGUUCUAAAGAAGACGGAGGCGUCUGAGACCGUUGAGCAUUCGAUCUCAGAGGUAGAAGCCGAGCGUACUCGCACAAUUGAAGGCCAUCUCAAUGCCACUGAAGACGACAUUCUCGAGGCCAAGGAGCUGGCUGCUUCCAUGACCUUGGAGCAAGUCCGCAGUCUGAUGAAAAAUGUGUUGGCUAUCCACAAUGGGGAUCCAAACUUCCCCCACGUCAUUCUGCAGAAUAUCCAGGAAUUUAUGAAUAAUACUGAUGUGAUGGUUCAUCCCGAAAAGCACGAAAGCCUCGUCCAAGAAAUGAAGCUUGAAGCUGCUCUCAUCACCAACAACAGUCCAUACGCCGAAGUCCGCGCCGUUACAGACAACCACGACGACCCCAGCAUGCCGGUUUCUACGAUCCGGGCCUGGACCAUCGGUAUCCUCUUUUCAUGCCUCCUUGCCUUUGUCAACCAGCUCUUCUCCAUCCGUCAGCCGCCCAUCCGAUUCGACACGAACAUGGCCCAGCUACUCGCCUAUCCGGUCGGCAAAGCAUGGGAGAAGUGGAUGCCCAAAAAGGAGAUGCGAAUUCCCUUCACAAGCCAGGCCAUCAACCUGAACCCAGGAAGAUUCAACAAGAAGGAGCACAUGCUCAUCGCCAUCAUGGCCAACACGGCUCGAAGUCUGCCUUACACGCAGUACAUCGUCUGGACCCAGGUGCUUCCUCAGUACUUUAACCAGCAGUACGCUCGUAGCUUUUCUUACAUCUUCCUCAACGGGUUUGCUACCAACUUUAUUGGCUAUGGUCUGGCUGGCCUAACGAGAAAGUUUCUCGUGUACCCGUCAUACUGCGUAUGGCCCAGAUCCCUCGUCACCAUUGCCCUCAAUACCGCUCUGCACAACGAGGACAACCACCCCGUGCAGGGACCGUUUGGCAAGAUCUGGAACAUUUCAAGAUACCGAUUCUUCAUGAUUGCUUUUGCGGCCAUGUUUGUUUACUUUUGGUUCCCAAACUACUUGUUUCAGGUUCUUACGUACUUUACAUGGAUGACGUGGAUUGCUCCUGACAAUGUGCACUUGAACAUUCUGACCGGGAUGCAGAAUGGUCUCGGCCUUUUCAAUCCACUUCCUACGUUUGACUGGAACGUCAUCAACUUUAACGAGACUGACCCCCUGAUGAUCCCAUCCUUCUCAACAUUCAACUUUGCUGGCGGCAUGUUCAUCACAGGCCUCUUCAUCCUUGGCGUCUGGUACUCCAAUACCUGGAACACGGCGUAUCUCCCCAUCAACAGCAACCGCAUCUACGACCAUUUCGGCAAGCUGUAUAACGUGUCGCGGACCCUGGACAACCGAGGCAUGUUCGACCUUGAAAAAUACAGCAAGUACUCUGCGCCUUACAUGACUGCUGCCAACUCGCUGGUUUACGGGUUUUUCUUCGCCAUCUACGCCGCCGUGAUUACACACGUCGUUCUCUACCACCGCUAUGAACUCAAGAUGGGCUUCAAGAACCUCGUUAAGGGACUGCGAUGGAGGCGCAACAAGAAGGAGGGGGAGACUGAGCAGGGCAAUCAGCGUGCGGCGGAUGGCGAAUACCUCGAUAUUCAUAACCGUCUCAUGUCUGCGUAUCCCGAAGUGUCCGAGUGGUUCUACUUCCUUACUCUCAUCAUUUCCAUCGUCUUUGGCGUCCUCGGCAUUGCGCUCUGGCCCACGUACACGUCGCCGGCCGUCGUUCUGUACGGCAUAUGGCUGUGCAUCAUGUUCGUCGUUCCCGUCGGCAUCGUCGCCGCCAUGACGGGGAUAGAAGUAACCCUCAACGUGCUCGCCGAAUUUAUCGGCGGCAUGAUUGUCGAGGGCAACGCCUUGGCAAUGAACUUUUUCAAGUCCUACGGAUAUGUCACUUGUGCCCACGCGCUUUCCUUUGCCAACGACUUGAAACUCGCCCACUACGUCAAGAUUCCUCCCCGCGUCACCUUUUCCGCGCAAAUGAUUGCCACGCUUAUAUCAACCCUGAUUUGCACCGGCAUCCUCAAGUUCCAGAUGGAAAUAAGCGGCGUCUGCACCCUCAACCCGCCCAUGCGCUUCCGAUGCCCCGGCCCAAACACUUUUUUCACCGCGUCCGUGCUUUGGGGCACCAUUGGUCCCAUCAAGGUGUUUGGCAAGAAUGGCCAGUACAGGUGGCUGCUUCUAGGCUUCCCGCUGGGCGUCGCCCUCGUCCUCGUCUUCUACGGCCUCAAAAAGCUGUGGCCGAAUAACCGCGCCCUGAGGCAGGUUCACCUUGUUGCUGCGAUUGCGGGGGGUUUGCAGUGGGCUCCUUAUAGCUUUUCAUAUUCAUUCCCCGCCGUCCCCGUAGCUUGGUUCUCGUGGAUCUACAUCCGUGGGCGGUACCUCGAUUUUUGGUCCAAGUACAACUUUGUUCUAUCGGCCGCGUUGUCUGCGGGCAUCGCCAUAUCUGCCAUCAUCAUGCUCUUCUCUGUGCAAUGGGUCGGGGUUGAGAUUGAGUGGUGGGGCAACACGCAGCCGUCUGUCGGGUGUGAGGGCAAAGCAUGUACGAUCAAGUCGUUGGCUCCGGGAGAGAGGUUCUAUCCGUGGUGGGAUGCGGGCAAGGUUCCGGCCCCGUAG